AAGGCGCCUUCAAAAUCAACGUGACUGUGAUGACUAUCAGCUGAUUUGUCCAUAUGGUGCUGCCACCUUUGAAAGUUCCACUCGUAACGCACUAUAGCAUUUUCAUUGUUAUUUGUGUGGGUAAAGAUGGCAGCUGGAUGUUGUGGGACGAAGAAACAGAAGCUGAACAAUUCUACUAGUGUAACAUGUAAUGGCACUUCGCUUAUUCCAAAUGGUGUGCGAAAUGGCAUGGUUGCACAUCCAGAAAUGUGCUUCUUCUGUUUUGAUGUGUUAUACUGCCAUCUGCAUAGCUUGGAUCCACCAAAAACUCCAAACUUCUGCAACGAUCCCUACCCCCUGUUUGUGACAUGGAAGAUUGGAAAGGACAGGCGGUUGCGAGGCUGUAUAGGCACUUUUAAUGCUAUGAACCUCCACUGUGGAUUGCGCGAGUAUGCGGUUACCAGUGCAUUCAAGGACUCGCGCUUCAGCCCAAUUACUCGGGAUGAGUUCUCCAAGCUUCAUGUGUCAGUGUCGAUACUUCGCCAUUUUGAAGAUGGCUCGGACUACUUGGAUUGGGAAGUGGGUGUCCACGGGAUUCGGAUAGAAUUUCACAACGAGAAAGGCAGUAAACGCACUGCUACCUAUCUUCCAGAAGUGGCGCCUGAACAAGGCUGGGACCAGAUCCAGACGAUUGACUCACUACUGCGGAAGGGUGGCUACAAAGGUACUGUGACACCUGAUAUCCGUCGCACAAUCAAGCUGACUCGAUACCAGAGUGAGAAGAUCUCGGUGAGCUAUCAGGACUACUUGAAUCACUGGCGUAAUCGGCGAUGCUAGCAGAUACUGUGGGGCCCCCCUGGCCCCAGCAGCGGUGCAGUGGUGUGGAGUGCACCGCACCCAACUGUGCCUCUGCAUCACCCGCCUCCCCCCACACUGGUGCUACCACCAGCCCCCACGUUGCACCAGUCUUUCCCUGCACCAUCAACCUCUUACGUGCCACAGUCUUACGUGGUGCCACCCUUGCACCCACUUCCACCACCGUCAUCAGUGGUACACUGGUGGGACCAAGCAGCACCAGGGCCCUCAACUCUUUACCACCUCCCUUCCUGUUCAGGCAGUCAAGAUACUGCCAACUUUCCUGCACACUACUCCCAUCACCAAGUCAGGAAACGAAAGUGAUGGGCGCUUUUUGAUGCGAAACACCACAUACUCAGACCAUAUGCCUGGUAUUCUUGACAGUUUAAUUCUAUGCAGUAUAACAGCUUGCCAUAAUACAGCCUAUGUAUUGUGGUAUGUAUCCUAUUUGAUUUAGUUAUUAAGGUACAGAAAAUUAUCUAACAUACCACAGGAUGUCCGUUAUGUUCCAGGAGAACAAUUUAUCAACCAGUGAAAACCUUAGAGAACCAAGGAGUGAUGAUCUCACAGAGUGAUUAUAAUUCCUAAUGUACUUGCAUCUAACAAACAGUGGUAAUUAUGAAAGUCAUAAAGUGUAUUAUGACAUUCAUCAACAAUGAGUUUCCUCCAUUUGGGAAUGUUUCUCACGCAACCCUUCAUGUUGUCGGAGGACAUUCAUGUUGUCGGAGGACAUUCAUCCAGAGUUGCAGAACUCAUUUGGCAUUUUCAAGAGAACAUAACCAUAAUUACAGCAUUCAUUAUGUGUGAUUUUGUUAAAAGCUGUAUAAAAGCGGCCUUAGUAAUGUACUCAUUGAACAAACUAACGUAGUUCAUGAAAUUGCAUUGGGUACUUCACGAUACUUUUUAUACCUGGGAUCAGAGCAUGAAAAGUGGUAGAGAUGGUUUUUUUUUGUGUAUGAUGUGCGCUGGAUUAACAGAAGUAUGGUGUUUCGUAAGAAGAUCGGUUUAACGUUGUUUUCGAAACCCCAAGUUCACUGCCAUUUAUUCAUCUUAGAACCUGAACUGCAUGUCAGAAAAUACUAAUUACUUACUAAAAACAAUGCGAUUAAAAAUCACUUGUGAAGGAAGCAAAGAAAUUAAAAGAUUUCUUGCAGAAGCUGUUCCUCAAGAUCUCACUAACAUUUAGAAAAGUAAUUUUUUAAAUGUCAAUGGGGAAGAUUCUUUUUGUAGUUCUUUGAGUUUUAAAUAAUCCUUAUCAUUUAUUGUAGUGAUUAGCUACACCUAAAAACAUUCUGGAGUUUUAAGUGAAAUCUGAUUGUUAAUCAAGUAAGUAACAAAGAAGAGGAAUACAAAUAGUUUAAGGUGGUGUUAAUGAUAAUUUAAGAGCAUUAUUAAGAUGUGAAGAACUUC